CGUACGCUACUUACUGUACCGCACAUGAGUGCACGCUCGUAACGCGGUACUAAUGUGCGCGACGCAAUGCAAUUCCAUGACAGGAUUGACAGUUGGUACGGCACACAAAAAGCCUUGUGAAUUAUCGCGUAACGGUGAACAAUGACAAUUAGAUACAAAUUAAGCGAUCGAAAUAAUCAUGAUGCACUAAUCAUAUAAAAUUCGAUGUAUCCGCGCAUGCGUGAGUGCUGACAGGAGGUGGAAAUCGUAACACGUACCUGCAGCAAUAGUGGUCCCUUGGGCUGACAUUGUGGCAUGCUUGUGGUUAAGGGCAUUGAAGGCGACACUAGUGCGAUUCGUGCAUUUUCGAGGAUACGUGAAUGUGUGCGUGCCAAAAAGGAAAGUGAGAGAGAGAAAGUGUCGAAGUGGUUGUUUACGAGCUGUAAGUGGAGAGGGAAGAGAUUAGGGAAGGCAGACCGCAGAGGUUAGGUUACGGAAUCCGGUGAGUGCAUAGUUCCUCACGAGACAAAGUCUUUCCCAAGUGCAUACGCGCGAAAACAUAACCACAUAACCACAGUUUCAACGUACGCCCCUGCACAUACGUGAGUGUCUCGUUGCUCGCGGCUCAAGGGAAAGCAAGAUUAUUUUGAAAGUAGCGCCGCGACGAAAUGUAUCGCAAGUCUCGGCAGGUGGCGCUCGUCGGCGACAGUUUUCCAAUGGCCGUUGGCGUGAAGGUGCUAUUGCAUUUAUUCACUGUCAGUUGAUGUAUGAAACGAACUGUAAUUUCAUUUAAGCGCAUUGCUUAUCUAUUCUAAUUCCUAAGUGCACGUGCUUGUGAUACGAGAUUGAGUCUAAAGUUGUACACAGAUCGACUCAUCUACAGUGAAUAACAGUGGUUCUCGUAGUUGAUACGGUGUAGGAUCGAUGAGUGCUCUUGUGUGACCGAGUGAUCAAAGAAGUUCUUAAUUCAUUACGUUCAUUAUAAAAAUGUUCGUUACGUUUGGUUAUUUCAAAAAGGUGUCGUACAGGUCGUUGACGUGCGAAACGUUACACGACUUACGGGAAAAGUGAAAAUGGUGUGUUAGUAUCAAGGCACAAAGAGAAAAGUGAAGUUUGUACAAUAAAACAUCAUCGAGUAACAAAGACGCGGGGUUGAAGCUACACCACGCCUACCAACAAAAUGCCUGAGGCUACGCUGAAAAUGUUUAACGGUGUUCAGUACAUGGGUUCGUUUCCCGUGGCGAGUCCCGAGAUUGCCAGCCGAGCGGAAUUCGUACGUACCCAACUGGAGACACUGAGAUACAGCGAUCGGUCCACCUCCGUUCUUCUUAUCAUCUCGCUAGCGGGGAUCAAAGUAUGCAGCCCAGAUGGAAAAAGCGUGCAGAUGGCACACGCGCUGAGGCGCAUCUCAUAUGCAACUUGUGAACCUCAACACGCCCAAUUCAGCUUCCUGGCGCGAGAGCCCAGGGCACACUUCAGCAUCCAAUACUGCCACUCCUUCAUCACCGAGUCUCCUGAACAGGCGGAAGAGUUGAACACUAUCGUCGGCAAUGCGUUUCGUAUGGCUUACGUGGCGCAGCUCCAGCGCCAACCGAUUCUUCAGGAGGUGAUCUCAGCCCAAUCUUCACCAGCCUAUCGCAAGGAUAAACAGGAGCAUCGAACCGUUUGGAACAAACAGUUAGGAAGCGACAGUGCGAUUGGCAGUAGCGGCGGCGUGGUGGGUGGCUGCAGGAGUCCGUCGUCAAAUUCGUGGCUGAAAAGUCGAACGUCGCCCACGUUCCGAACUGGAAGCGGUUCGUCCGUAGCGGACAUGAACGUUCAGCUCGGCAGUGCCGGCUCGCCCACGCUGCGUCUUGCAAGCGUAAAGACACCGAAUUCCAUACCGGGUCUACGGCCGUCACACAAUUUUACCAAUGUCCUGGGACCGAUCAGUAACGAGGAUGGGCCAAAGAGCAUCUCCCAACAGAGCACGCCGAGCAGUGAUGAAAGCAAUUCGCCGACGGAGCUUAACUCGUACAAGAGGUUAACAGAUAAGCCGCCGUUGAUAAAACGACUGGCGAUGGGCUUGACGGGCGGACGGGAUGUUCUUGGACUGAACGGCGAGGAUGAUAGCUGUCCGUUGGUUAGCGGAAGUAGCACACCCACGAGUCCAACGAACAGGCCGCAUUCCGGUGGGUACAUUAAUGAGGCCAUCAUCGACUCCGAAGGAACGAGGGCGCCCUAUAACAAGAUCGCACCUUCGGAAAGUCUUGACAACUCCAUUAAUGCGUCUAUCACAACGAAGAACUUCAACAUCGAGAAUAAUAGGAUAGGACAUAAUUCACCAAAUUCAGGCACGGAAACAGAGUUCAAGUCUAAAAGAAGAUCACAAAUAAGUACCUCGAGUAGUUCGGUUCCUGCUGACGGAAGUACUCAUGGCUCGACACCUACACCUCCGCCACUUCCGGAAAGGAUCGAUAGUCUAAAUAACCGCAGCGAAGAGGGUGAACUACGUAAGGCUCCCUGGUUCCAAGCGGGUAUACCAAGUAUUCUUAUUUUUCUAUGCAGGGAAAUCACGCUGGAAGUGUUGAGCCAAGAACCGGAAGGAGCAUUUAUGGUACGAGAGAGCACUAGUAAACCAGGAUGUUACGCACUCUCGCUUCGAGUACCACGUGAAUUUCAACCGAGUGGAAUAGCCCAUUAUCUAAUUAUGCGUACCAACAAGGGAUACAAAAUUAAGGGAUUUACGAAGGAAUUUACAACGUUAACUGCCCUGAUCACACAUCACUCGGUAAUGCCGGAAUUGUUACCUUGUCCACUUUCUCUGAGUCGAUACAAUCCCAGCUUCGUGAAGAGCGACUCCAACAAAGAUUUCGCAGACAUCGACUCCGACCCGGACUACAAUACUCUGGCAGAUUUUCGCAAGAUGAUGGCCGAUCUGAACGUCUAAAUCUUUUUUCACUUUCAAAAUUAACAAGAAACUACAUGAAUUUUAACGAAUGAGAGGUGCGCAUCUACGUGACUAGAAAUUCCCUCAGAAAGACGACCGAUUGUGUAUUUUCAUACAUAUUUACAGUGCAAAAAGUGUCACACGAUUGUGCGCUACCCUGUAGCUAAAAGGAAAAAAAAAAAAUCAAAAGAAGUCUGAUGAUUUCUCCAAAGAGAGAGCGUCGCCCGGUCUCGUUGAAGUACGAAAUGUAUGUAACUAGUAUGCAUAUGCAAAGUGCAUCACGUUUGAUGUGGUGCUGGUACUGAGUGAAUAGAACGAUCAAUCGCUUAUCCGUGCGUUACGCACUUACCACUUACAAUUGAGUAUUCGUUAUUUGAGUCAUCUGGGACGAUGGUUAUUUCUGGGAAGACGAAAGCAGCUGAGUUCGCAUAUUGCUAAGUAUGUGUAUUAACAGACUACUCGCCAAGAAGUCAGGUAUAUUAUGUAAGUGAAUAAUAUCUGGGUAAACGUUAACGAUAACGAUACAAUAAUCUACACGUAAGUGUUAUCCGACUUAUUUGACUGCGAUACACUUGUAGAAAAACGGUAAAGCACUUCCUCCUGUUACUUCUGUAAUGUAUGAGCGAAUGAGAGAAAGAGAAAUGAAGAUGGAAACGAAAAACUGCGCUUUAAAUAAAAUCGUGUGAAAGGAAUAGUUCGUGAGAAAUGCAUGACACGGUGAUAUAUACUUUUAAGUCAUUGAUUGAUAAGGAUAAGGAAAGUAGUGUAGCCGAUUUUGUAGUGAUGGAAUUCCGAGAUGAUACGGAACAUUUGGAAUGUACGUUAUUGUACGUAUUACAGGUCUAAUAUUCUGUAUGAUCUUGUAAUGAUAGUGGAAACAUGAGUGAGUUGAUUAUCCAACACGAUUCUUAUACGGUAUAGCAUUGUUAAUAGAAUUUUGUUAUACAACAGUGAUACAGAUGAUAUCGGUUAUGCUUUUCAAAAAUUCUAUUGGAACGGUAUUCCGCGCAAGAAUCGUAUAAGGGUUAGUGAUGCAAUAGGGUGAGAACCCUAUUCGACAGAUAGUCGAAAGAUUUAUAAAGUAUAACAAAAAAUUCGUUACCACUGAAGAGACUAGAUACUCUAACGAACUUUUUUCUUUUUUUUUGACUUUCACUAUCUGAAGAAUGAGCAAAUUAGCGGGAAUAGAAAUGAAAUCGAAAGAAAAUAAGAGACAUUCAAUAGACGCCAUAAAACGCUUCGCGCGGCUCCAUUGUACGUUUAUCACCUCGAUGUAAAUGUGUUUAUAUGUAUAUAAAUUAUAAUUAUUGUUAUACGACAUUUAUAUUUAAUUAGGAAGCAUCGCUAAGCAGUGAAAAAGUAACGGACAGUCGAACUCGCUGAUUACGAAUGUAAUGGCGGAAUUAUGAAAAUGAAAAAAUGAGAUCUGGUGUGACUGAGAAAUGCCACUAUUGAUAUGGUACACGAAUCGCUCGACUAACCUAGUCUUGUACAGAAGUUUGCGCGCAUUGUUUAUAUAUACAAAUAUCGAGACAGUAAAUGAAAACGGAAAGAAAAGAAGCGAUUUUACGAGCCGCUUUGCACGCCGAAGGAUACUUUUAAGCAGUUCAUAUUGGUUGCGCCAUCUUUGUGUGCAAUGAAAUGCGCUAAAUAUCAUGCCGUAUUAUUUCGAGUCUACAACAGUUUAUUAUACUUCAACAGUGGGUUGAGUAAGUGUUUUGCAGUGAACAUACGUAGUUCUUCCUACGCGAACUUUAUUAUAGUCUGGUAGAACCGUCUGACACGGAUAUAUGGUGGAAAUGGUAAAUAAACUGUUGUAAGCUAGGCUAAGCAAGACAUUAAUCACUGCUUGAGGUUUGCAACGUUCUAAGAAUCAUUAUACCGAUGCGUUGUAUAAUUAAACAAUAAAAUUAUUUAUUACAAA